GCCGGGCGGCGGCGCUGGAGCUUCCGGUGCGCGGCGUCCAGGCCCGGCUCGGCCGGCUUCCGCCCGGUAAGUGCGCGAGGCUUCCUUCCUCUUUCCCGAAGUGGGGCGGGGUGCGUCCCGUGUCUCCCCGCUCCGCGCCCGGUCCCACCCGGCCCUCGCUCCCCUCUGCGCCGGCUUCCCACGGGCACGCCUGACUCUGGGCCUCGUCGUCUGUCCCUUCUUGCGGCUAAAGGUCAACCCCGCGAGUGUCCAGCCGUCGCAGCGGCACGGUGACCUCCGCGCUCCGGGCGCCAUGGCGCUGGCGCUGCGCGACCUGCAGCGCGCGGUCCCGCUCAGGAGGGCGCGGCUGCGGCGCGCGCUGGAGGCCCUGCGGGCGGCGCUCGGGGUGCAGCGGUUCGCCGUCGGCGUCGUCUGCGUGGACAACGAGCGCAUUCGGCAAAUUAAUAGGAUCUACCGACGGAAAAAUGCCCCCACCGACGUGCUUGCCUUCCCCUUUCACGAGAAUCUAAAAGCAGGCGAAAUUCCCCAGCCUGCUUUUGCAGAUGACUAUAACUUGGGAGACAUUUUCCUGGGAGUGGAGUAUAUCUUGCAGCAGCGCCGAGAAAACGAAGAUUACUAUGACCUGCUCACCGUGACUGCCACCCACGGGCUCUGUCACCUGCUGGGCUUCACACACAGCACGGAGGCGGAGUGGCAGAAGAUGCACCAGAAGGAGAAGCAGGUCCUGGAGGAGCUGGGCCAGCGUCUGGGGACCAGGCUCCAGCCCCUGAGCAGGGGCCUCUUCUGAUGGAACAGCGGGAGGCACCCGUGGCAUAUAGUAGUUCCAAGGGUGGGGACUGAAUCUGGCCUGCAGUUGUGGAAACGCUGGAUGGUUUUUUUUUAGGGCUGCACUUGCAACAUAUGGACGUUCCCAGGCUAGGGGUCAAAGUGGAGGAACAGCCUACACCACAGCCACAGCAAGUCAGGAUCUGAGCUGCGUCUGCAACCUAGACCACAGCUCACGGCAAUGCCGGAUCCUUAACCCUCCGAGCAAGGCCAGGGCUCCAACCCCCAUCCUCUUGGAUGCUAGUCAGGGGUUCAUUACUGCUGAGCCACAGCGGGAACUCCAACACUGGCUCCUUGGACCCUCUGCACCAUGGCAGGAACUCCAAACAGAAAGUACGAGAAACACGUCUCCGGUCAGAUCACAGCAGGUGUGUUCUUUUCAGUAUCGCAGAUAAAACACUUCUAAGCUCUGAGUGGAGGGUGGGUGGGUAAACCGCCUCCCCGGGGCUUUGCCUCCUGGCGAAGAGGCAUCUCUCUCCUGCCUGAGCACUGCCCCGCUGGGCAAGCCCCCACUUCCUAGUGGAGCCCUGUUGGCUUCGGACCCAUCCAGCUCUCAGGAGCACUGGGACCUGGAGCCUCCAUAAGGGAGGGACAGGGCUGACCGUCGAGGUGGCUGCGUGGCCAGGCCAACCGCUCCCAGGUGACCACAGCACAUCUGCCGUCACCUGCCCCGCCCAUCGGUCCCUAGGCAUACACGGUGCCUGAGUUCUCUGCAGACCCCGGCACCACGUGGCUGAGCCCCUGCGGCUGCAUUCUGUCCUCUGUCAGUGUCCCUGCCUUCUAAAUAUUAAGUUAAAGCUGGGAGUUAGCCUAGAGCUUUAUCCAGAGCUGUGCCUGAGCUGGGGCAUCAGACCUGGCAGGGGCGGGCACGGAGCCAGCCUGGCGCCUCCAUCGCCAGGACCUCCUGAGCAUGUGCUGACCGCGGGUCCCUCCACAGAGCUCCGGAGAGGUCACGGCCUCACAGGAACCCUUUCUGGCCCUAAACCCAGGACACUAGGAUUCUAAGAAUUUGAUUUCACCCAUAAAUGGAUUUUAGAAACAUGAAAACUCAUUUCCUACUGAA